AUGUCUGACUGGCUCGACGGAUGCAUUGCACGACUCGAAAUCUCCUUCGGGCCAUGGUUUCCGCUGAUUGCAGACGAAAUCGUGAAGAUCAAUGGAACAAUCGAGGACACCGAUUCUGCGAUGCGACGUGCCGCAAUGCCUCCCGAAUGGUUCGGUCCCGCACAGUCGCGGCUUUCCGAAGCAGCACGCAGGCCAGUGACCCCUCCUCUCGGCUACCUUUAUGUGUCCUCCGAUCAGUCAAUAUCAGGCAGUUCAUCAGACACAUCAGGCGAGCUCGUCACGCCGCCUGAAAGACCUACGCCAUGUCCUGCGAACCCCGCCGCAUAUCAGAAUAGGCUGCGAGUCCGCCAUGGUGCUGAUGUUGCUCUCCCGCACUCCAAGAUAUCAAAGCUACGACUACCGUCACCUCCUGGUCGCAAGAUGCCUCUCCGCGCUUACCGGAGAAGGCGAAUGUAA